AUGUCUGGGAGGUUGAUUCUCGUUUGGACAGCGCUGGUCGCCGUGCUGGUGACCCAAACGCGGGCCCAGGCGUCGAUGGAGGAGAGGGCCAAGCAGUUUCUGAAAUGGGUGGAUGACAACGCCACGGUGCUGGUGUACGACUACACUCGGGCAUCCUGGGAAUACAACACAAACAUAAGCCAGGAAAAUGCUGACAAAGAGGGUGAAAUGGCUGCCAUAUGGGGCGCCUACUAUUCCAAAGCGUCCGAGGAGUCCAACGCCUUCGACAUCAACCAAAUUACGGACGACAGGACCAAGCUGCAGCUUAUCGCUCUCCAGGACAAGGGCUCAGGUGUUCUUCCUCAGGACAAGCUGGAUCAUCUGAAUGAGGUGAUGGGUAAAAUGAGCACCCUCUACAGCACAGGCACUGUCUGCAUGAUGGAUGACCCUUUCGACUGCCAAACUCUGGAGCCCGGUCUCGAGAGCAUCAUGGCCAACAGCCGGGACUACUACGAGCGUCUGCACGUGUGGGAGGGCUGGAGGGUGGAGGUGGGCAAGAAGAUGAGGCCCCUCUACGAGGACUACGUCAACCUGAAGAAUGAAGCUGCCAAGCUUAAUGGUUAUGCCGACUAUGGAGCCUACUGGAGAUCCAACUACGAGACGAUAGAUGACGGGGACUACCAUUACACUCGUGAUGACCUUAUGAAAGAUGUCCGCGUGAUCUAUCAAGAGAUAAUGCCCCUGUACACGGAGCUCCAUGCAUACGUGAGGGCCAAGCUGCAGGAUACGUACCCAGGCCACAUCCAGUCCGACGGGGGACUGCCCGCUCAUCUCCUGGGCGAUAUGUGGGGCAGGUUUUGGACAAAUCUGUAUCCACUUGCUGUGCCUUAUCCACACAAGCCGGACAUUGAUGUCACCAAAGCCAUGGUGGAGCAGGGGUGGACAAUCAGAAGGAUGUUUGAUUCGGCCGAGGACUUCUUCAUGUCCGUGGGCCUGUUUGAACUCUUCCCCAACUUCUGGAACAACUCCAUGAUCGAGAAGCCGGAUGAUGGCCGCAAGGUGGUGUGCCACCCCACGGCCUGGGACAUGGGUAACCGCGAGGACUACAGGAUCAAGAUGUGCAGCAAGGUGAACAUGGACGACUUCCUGACAGUGCACCACGAGCUGGGCCACAUCCAGUACAACAUGGCGUACCGCGCCCUGCCCUACCUGCUGCGCGACGGGGCCAACGAGGGCUUCCACGAGGCCGUGGGAGAGAUCAUGUCCCUCUCCGCCGCCACACCCAAACACCUCAAGGCCCUGGGACUGCUGGCCGCAAACUUCACCGAUGACACAGAGACGGAGAUCAACUUCCUGAUGAAGCAGGCCUUGACCAUCGUGGCCACGCUGCCCUUCACCUACAUGCUGGAGGAGUGGAGGUGGCAGGUGUUCCAGGACAACAUCCCUAAGGAGAAGUGGAUGGAGGACUGGUGGGACAUGAAGAGAGAACUGGUCGGCGUGAUUGAACCCCUGCCCAGAGACGAGACCUACUGUGACCCGCCGGCACUCUUCCAUGUGUCUGGAGACUACUCUUUCAUCAGGUACUUCACAAGAACCAUUUACCAGUUCCAGUUCCAGAAGGCCCUGUGCGAUGCAGCUGGACACACGGGACCCCUCUUCAAAUGCGAUAUCACUGGCUCCAAAGAGGCUGGUGCCAAGCUGAAGGCUAUGCUGGAGCUGGGCAAAUCCAAGUCCUGGACCAGGGCUCUGGAGCAGGUUUCCGGGGAGACGCGGAUGAAUUCCAAACCCCUCAUGGAUUACUUCAGCGUGCUCCAUGAUUGGCUGGUGGAGGAGAACAGGAAGAACAAUAGGGUGCCUGGCUGGAAGAACUCCCAAGACUCAUUUUCGGCUGACGCGUUUAAAGUGCGAUUGAGCCUGAAAGCUGCGAUGGGCGCCGAGGCUUAUGCCUGGAACGACAACGAAUUGUACCUGUUUAAGACUACGAUGGCCUAUGCUAUGCGACAGUACUAUUCUGAAAAAGGACAGCAUUUGGAGUUCAAGUCAGACAAUGUCUACACUUACAAGGAAACACCCAGAGUCUCCUUCUUCUUCGUUGUCACUGACCCAACCAACCCCAGCAAGACCAUCCCAAAAUCAGAGGUGGAAGCAGCCAUUCGUCUAUCCAGAGGGCGCAUCAACAGUGCUUUCCUGCUGGAUGACAACACCUUGGACUUUGAGGGCCUGAUGGCCACCCUGGCCCCCCCGGCGGAGCCUACAGUGGAGGUCUGGCUGAUCGUCUUCGGCUCCAUCAUGGGGAUUGUGGUGGUCCUGGGGGGAUACCUCAUCGGCUCGGGAAUCCGAACAAGGAGAAGGAGAUCCCAGGAACAGGACACCGAGUCCAGUGACCGCGAGAGUCAGCUUGAAGGCCAGAUGAAUAAAGCAUUUGAGUCUGAAAAUGAGUAUGAGGAUAUUAAGCUGGACAGGCUAUAAACAUGGAUCGAGCUGUUUGUGGAUUCUUCAAUAAUUCUUUAACAAUGCAAUGCACACGCACAUUUUUGCUAAAGAGCUAACAUUUUUUAAAGAGAAUUGUAUGUAAAAAAGAUUGUUUGGAAUAUUUUUGUAUAUUGUGAUUGAACACUUGAAUAUUGAGUAGU